GGGAGGGGGGGUUGUAAGGGAAAUUCCGCACUGUGGAAAGUUGAACAGCAGAGCUGAAUAGUUUGAGGUUUGCCUGUAGCUCUGCCAAUCCUCUCUAACUAUCAAAGUGAGGAGAUGACAAACCGAGGAGAGAGGGAGGAGGAGGGAAUUGUACAGACGGCUCCCUGCUUUCAGUGCUUGUGAUACUGUAGUGCAGGAGCAGAGAGAUGGGGAGUCAUGUGCUGCUGCUGCUGCUGCCCAGUAAGUAGACAUCAUGCUUCUGAUAAUUCUUGUUCGUUAUUCCUUGUGCAGGUCAGCGCACGCACAGCCCCUCUUCAGAGUAGAUCAAAGAAAGAGAUUGCAUAUUAUUUGUUUAUUUAGCAGACGCCUUUAUCCAAGGCGACUUACAGGGACUAGGGUGUGUGAACUAUGCAUCAGCUGCAGAGUCACUUACAACUACGUCUCACCCGAAAGACGGAGCACAAGGAGGUGAAGUGACUUGCUCAGGGUCACACAAUGAGUCAGUGGCUGAGGUGGGAUUUGAACCGGGGACCACCUGGUUACAAGCCCUUUUCUUUAACCACUGGACCACACAGCCUCCUGAUAUUGUCUACCAUACAAAGAGUCAUACAAAGAGUUACUCAGUCAACACUGAACCAAUGAAAUAAUAAUAAUAAUAAUAAUAAUAAUAAUAAUAAUAAUAAUAAUAAUAAUAAUAAUAAUAAUAAUAAUAAUUGAGUAAUGCAUACAGUAUCUUCUUGUUAUCUAUAUCACUGUGAAGGGUCUGCAUUCCUUCCCCUGUUAAAACGACACAGACCUUGUUUAUAUUUCUGACAUUUUAAAUAUUAAUAAAAAGUGUGAUUGCUUACCUGUGUUUUAAAUCAGGGAUCCGGGUAGCUGGAUUCUUCCUGUAAAAUGAAAACUGCAUCAGGUUUGUGUGAAAGAAAAACGCAGCUGUUGGCUAUGGAGCAGCGUAUUCUCAGGGGAGAGAUGGAGAGAGGGAGAGAGAGAAGAGAGAGGGGAGAGAGAGGGGGAGAGGAGAGGAGAGCUGGAAUCAAUCUGUUAUCAUCAAUGCAAACUUUUCUUAUGUACAUAUUCGAUAAGCAACAUUAACACAAUCCCCCAGUCUGUGUGCGUGUGUGUGUGUGUGUGUGUGUGUGUGUGCGCGUGUAUGUCUGUGUGCAUUAUGAGAUUUCACAAAGGUGUGGUCUUCUUUCUCUCAGUAGGGGGCGUCCUGUCUGGGGCAGUGGAGAUCCCAGUCGAUUGCAGUGAGAUUAAGACUUCGGGCGGCUCUUACCAGUACAGGUUACCAAGAUCUCUCUCUGCUAAGACCACAGAUCCUUCCUGUCACGCAGACUGGGCAAACCAUACGACAGCGAUAGCGAACUGGAAACAUAAUCACAGCAGUGAGUGGAUCUUGCCAGCUGUUGCUGUGUCAGCUGACUCCAUGACCUCUGAACUGUGUCUGUCUGAACUGACGUAUGCUCUGGACUGCACCAGCAGCAGUGUUUCAGAGAAAGUUGUGUUCCGAAGUUCAAACUCAAAGGCCACAGCCCAGGCCUUAUGGAAUACAGCAGCGGUGUGGAUUUUGUCUGGAGUCGUCUUCAUCCUCGUCCCCAUCCUCCACUUCUCUGCUGUGAUGUUUGUCGUGUGGAAUGAGCUGUCAAAACUGGAGCAGGCCACUCCACGAGUCGUAAUAAUCGCUGUAUUUGUUCGGCUUCUUUCACUCAAAGCCAGUUUAAUGAACUCACAAACAGCGACUUCGACUGAAGCCACGCGCUGCCGCUGUUGUGAGAACACAACAUGGAAAUCGAACCAGAGCCUGGCCUGGGUUAGUCAAUGGUUUUGUCUCGUGUCUGCUUCAGUGUACAGGGUCAGGCCUGGAUUGGUUCUUAGAAAGGUCCGUGAAACAUGCAUGCUUUAUUUUAUUUGUAGCAGUGGAGUAGUGGUCAGGGCUCUGGACUCUUGACCGGAGGGUUGUGGGUUCAAUCCCCAGUGGGGGACACUGCUGCUGUACCCUUGAGCAAGGUACUUUACCUAGAUUGCUCCAGUAAAAACCCAACUGUAUAAAUGGGGAAUUGUAUGUAAAAAUAAUGUGAUAUCUGUAUAAUGUGAAAUAAUGUAUAAUGUGAUAUCUUGUAACAAUUGUAAGUCGCCCUGGAUAAGGGCGUCUGCUAAGAAAUAAAUAAUAAUAAGCAUUUUUUUUCUAUAUUAAUAUAGGCUGGUUUGAGUGGGGUAGUCCAACUGGCAAGCGAAGUCACGUGAAGGGCAGGCUUGUGUCAUGAAAACUGAACUGCUCCCUCCCGCUAUCUUAACUCCUGGCAGUGAUUUUAAAAGUGAAAUCUGAAAGUGGAUUUGUGUCUGAAAUAUCUCUUAUCUCUCUUGGCUGGUUUCACGGACCUGUUAAGGUAGUCCAAGGCUAGUGUUAAUGGGGGGGGGGGUUGUGAAACCAGCCGUAUACAGCCCUAGGUGACAGGAGAGCUGCGUGACAAAGCUAACGGAUGACCGCAGAACUGCCCCCAGACUCUUAACUCGCAGGUUUGUUGUUCCUAAUCCAUUCCAAUCCACUGAUGCUGCCCUGAAUGGGACAGGUUAACCAGCGGUAGCCCGAUUUUUACCCAAAUGCUUUCCGUAAUGAUCCAAAAGUCGGCAUCUGAGCCCAUUUUGAACUGAAAGGAGAGGCGAGGGCCGGACGCGAACCACACAGAGACAAACGUCUCGCUGAAGAUGCGAGUGCAACAGGGCCCGGUCCGUCGGCUUACCCGUGCAGGCGUACCAAGUCUUUUUUUUUCCCUCCAGAUAUCGAUAUGCCCGGUUUUGUUUUUUUUCUGUGUGAAGCGUUUCCCGAGUUGUAAAUGCCAGCGCAGGCAGGAUGUGAUGUCACGUGGCUGCCUUUUCAUCGUCACUGUGGAAGUAACCAUGGAAACCACCGCCGCGGGGCCAGCGCGUCCCCGACAAGUUCUCAUGCAUACCGAGAGUGAAGAAUAAUAAUAAUAAUAAUAAUAAUAAUAAUAAUAAUAAUAAUAAUAAUAAAUCUAUAGAAAAUGUGUUGUUUUGUAAAACAAGGCUUGAUGAAUAGUUUGACCUAUAUGGGCAAAAUUAAUAUGCAUACUAAUUAAAUAUAUAUAUAUAUAUAUAUAUAUAUAUAUAUAUAUAUAUAUAUAUAGCGAUAUAUACAGAGAGUAUGAAGAAGAAAAUUGAUAAACUGAAAACUGAUGAGAUACAUGAGAUACAUACGUUACCUGUUCUAUGUGUCGCUAGGAGUCCAGUGUACAAAUAAAAUGGGAAUUCAUAUAGUAAUUCUUGUUUUAAGAAGAUCUCUAUUUUAGUGGCGUCCCGGUUCCUUCAGAUUUCGGACUGUGCCGCUGGGCGUUCUGCAUACAGCAUGCAGAACAGUCCGAUACGAGUCGCUGGUUACAGGAUUUUAACUGGGAUGUUUCUCACAGAGAGGGAAGGUGGUCUUCUCUCUCAGUGGGGUCCCGACGCCAAGACCAGUGCGUUUUGCGUGAGACCAAAAAAACAAACACGAUUAUAGUGUCAGGUGGUUUAUGGUCCCACUGAUCUGUCUGUGUCGCCUGAUUUUUAGAAGGCCUUCUGUGUGGUUCUCCACGUUACUGAUGCUGUAGCGAGUUACUGUACAUGAGAUAGUGUUUCAGAAGACAGACCCUGUUGACUCCGAGCACGCAUUCAGGCUCAAGGGAGCGUCACUGGAAUGGAAUGGAAUGGCGCUAUAGAAACUCCCCUUUGUUUUACAUUGAAAAUAAUAUUUUUAUAGCUACUUUUUGUUUAGUGGCCAUUUUUCCAAUCAAAAUGUGGUGCUAUAGUAAUGAGAGAGAGAGAUCUAUAUCUACAAAGGUUUUGCAUCGCCCUAUAGAAUGAACUCACUUUUGCUUCAGAAAGUUGAAUGAAACCUGCUGAAUAAUGUCACGUUAACAUAUUGAAUUGCACACCACUGCUUUGUAUAGUUUUCCAUUUAUUUAACGAAAAACUGACCACAAAUUGAAAAAAUGUGACAUUUUGAAAUCUAACAUUAUUACAUUUUUUAGCAGACACCCUUAUCCAGGGCGACUUACAAUUGUUACAAGAUAUCACAUUAUUUUUACAUACAAUUACCCAUUUAUACAGUUGGGUUUUUACUGGAGCAAUCUAGGUAAAGUACUUUGCUCAAGGGUACAACAGCAGUGCCCCCCCUGGGAUUGAACCCACGACCCUCCGGGCAAGAGUCCAGAGCCCCUAACCACUACUCCGCACUGCUGCCCCUAACAUGAAACCCUGGACUGCUAUUAUGGCUUCCAGGAGACUUUGUGUAGUUUCUUUUGAUUACAUGAUGUUAAAUAAAAGAUCUGAAAUUAUGUUCAUGUAGUUAUUUAUUUUACCGUAAAAACCUUUAAGUAUUUUCUAGGUAUUUUUAGGGGGUCCUAAAAAGGGGGGAGCGACUUAUACACUGGUGUGUCUUAUACACUUUUUUAUGGUAGGGCUCAAUCCUAAAAUUCUCAGUGAUACAAAACUUUGUAGACAAAAGGUUUAAAUCAGGGGCGUCAAUCAAUCAAUCAAUCAAUCAAUCGAUCGGAGUAAAAUGUAUAUAAUGUAUCUAUAUAUAUAUAUAUAGAGAGAGUUUGUGCUACAGCAUAUCCCUCAAUAUUUUAACAUUUGAUAAUUCAGGAUUAGACCAGGACAGUAAGCUGUAAACGUCCUAUAUUUUAUAAAAGGUCUCUUCACUCAUGCUCAGUUUUGAUUGUCUCUUGUGGUUUUGAUGUGCGAUAUUCAGAUAUGAAUUGCGAUACUGAAAGUCUAACACAUCAUAACAUUAACGAGUCAUUUUCCUGUCCGCUGUUUCAAUUAAACCACUGUGUGUCUAACGUGGUUCUGUAAAUCCAAAUAAAACUACAUACAACACAGCAUCUGCUUUGGCUUAUUUAUUUGCUCUGUUUUAGUCCUCAGUAAAACAUGAGAGUAAGAUUUUUUUAUUUUUUAUUUAGAGGGCUCUCCCCUCCCCUUAAAUUAUAAUGUCCCAU